ACCAGCUGGGGACAAUACCCGGGGCCGGGCCGGGCUGGGGCGCGCGGGCAGCCGAGGGACCCCCAGCGGGGCGAGCAACGGGCUGGCGCCAGCCUCGCUCUGCGCCCUGCGGCGGCCCUAGGCCUAGGCGAGGGUUGAGGCUCCGGGCUGCUGCCUUGGUGCCCUUCGCUCCGGACCCCGCCGCCGCCCCGGCUGGCUGCGCGUCCUCGGGCCUCGGCCCUCCCCGAGCAUGGGACGCGCGUCCCGGGGCCAGCCCCGUCUCUCGCCGCGGGCCGCCGCCGCCCCGCGGCCCAGGGCCAUGGCCCUCUGAGCCGGCGCGGGGAGGGGAGCAGGGCCGGGCGCGUCCCCCCACUCUCCGCCGAGCGCCGGGGAUGUGAGCGCCCGCCGCCCGGACCAUGUCUCUGGAGGGCCUGGGGGUGGCCCCGGACGGCAGCGCCUGCGUGGCCGACUUCGAGGCUCUGCUGGGGGCCGCCGGGGGCCUCCACGUGAUGGAGCAGCAGAUUGUGAUCAUCUCCACGCCGGACGCGCUCCCCACGCCUGAAGCGGAGAGCGAGGCCGAGCUGCUGCUCUUCGCCACCCCGCAGGCCCCCCGGCCGGGCCCGGCGGCGCAGAGACCGGCGCUGGGACGCCCACCGGUGAAGAGGAAGUUAGAUCUGGAGACCGAUCACCAGUACAUAGCAGAGAGCAUCCAGACAUCCCGGGGCAAAGCAAAAAACCCUGUCAAAGGUGUGAAAUCUCCUGGGGAGAAGUCCCGCUAUGAAACCUCUCUGAACCUGACCACCAAGCGUUUCCUGGAGCUGCUAAGCCAGUCACCAGAUGGGGUGGUGGAUCUCAACUGGGCAGCGGAGGUCCUGAAAGUGCAGAAGAGGCGGAUCUACGACAUCACCAAUGUUCUGGAGGGCAUUCAGCUAAUCACCAAGAAAUCCAAGAACAACAUCCAGUGGCUGGGCAGCCAGUCAGCUGUGGGGAACACCAGUAAGUACCAGGUGCUGGAGAAGGAAAUCCGUGACCUUCAGGUGGCUGAGCAGCAGCUGGAUGACCUCCUCCAGAUGUGCACCGUCCAGCUUAAGCUCCUCACUGAGGACCCUGAGAAUCAGCACUCUGCUUAUGUGACCUGCCAAGAUCUUCGCAGCAUCGCAGACCCCUCUGAGCAAAUGGUGAUGGUGAUAAAAGCCCCUCCAGAGACCCAGCUGCAAGUUUCAGACCCAGCAGAGGCUUUCCAUGUUGCCUUGAAAAGCACCCAGGGCCCCAUCGACGUGUUCCUGUGCCCAGAAGACAGCUCUGGGGUUUGUAGCCCAGUCAAGAGUCCUUUCAAAGCGACUGCUGAGGAAUCGUCCCCUGGUUCUUCUGAGGCAGCAGCAUCCCCGCUCCUGCACCCCACCCAGGAUGUGAACUUGCCAUUGGUGCCUGGUGAGCAAGAGCCCCUCCUUCCUGGGGAGAACGCGCUGCCACUGAAGUGCAUGGCCGAUGAGGUGAGUCUCUCACCGCUGGCCUCUGUGGAUGCUCUGCUGGAGCAGAGCAAGGACGACUUCUCCAGCUUCCUCCCGGACGAGUUCAUCAACCUGUCUCCACCCCAGCCCCAGGAUUACCACUUCGGCCUGGAGGAGGACGAGGGCAUCAGCGAGCUCUUCGACUGUGACUUCGGGGACUUUGCGCCCUUGGACUUCUGACUGCCUCCUGUGGAGCCGCUGUGCCAUGAGCGCACAGCUGGGUGGGGCUGCUCCUCCUGGGUGCUGAUGCCUGAAUGUGAUGCUGCAGCUGACUCCGGCUCUGUGGCUGGAGGAGGCUUGGGACUCGGGAGCAGACGCUGAAGGGGCUGAAGCAAAUGGGAUUUGUGGGUAGUGAGUGUUUUGGUAAAUGGCUGCAUGGGUGGGGUUUGCUGGAAGGGGGGAAGGUGUGGGAAACCUCACAGCCUCUCCCUGCCGUGCUCCGCGCCCUCCUGGGAAUGCGAAGUGCUGUCACUGUCUCCUCCCGCCUCACGCAUGUGCCUUUCCUCCACAAGCCUGUUCCCCUGCGGGGAGCUCUGCUUUGUGGUCCAUGCCCCUGCGGGGAUAGCCCAUGCGGCCGCUGCCAUAGUAUCAAAGGCCGCUUAACUUAUUCUCCCCUAACCACCUCAGACUCUUGCCUUAGAGCUUCUGUUGUUGUGGGCAGGCCCCUCUCUCGAGCUGCAGAGCCAGAUACGUCCCUCCUGCCGCAGGAGCCAUUUCCCCCCCUCUUGCCUUAAUGAUUGUGAGUGAUGAUCUUUCCACUGAGGAGCGACUACCUGGCCUGGAGGUGCAGCCCCUCUAGAGCACCAGAGGCAAAGAGGCUUCACUCUGCUAGUCUCCUAACUUGACUGUGGGAUCGGCAGCAGGAGAUGUGUGUCUCCUGGCUUAGCUGCAACCUAGCACCGAUUCCCUGCAGCUUAGGUAUCUCCUUGUAGGCCAGAGCUGCCUCCGUGGUGGUAAGCUGUCUCUUGGCCUCUGCCUGGCAAGGCGUGCCCUCAUUCAGGAAUGUAAAUAGUAGUGACAGGGUGGCCUGCUGAGGAGUGCCAGGCUGGUGUGGGGGUACAGGGGAACCACUGUAUGUAUGUCUGCCCGUUGGGUAGUGCCUGUGACCAGGGUCUGGCUUAUGCUUCAAAAAAAAGGGUGGGGUCUGUUUAACAGCCAGCUGGCUGUGGCAGAGCCCCACUUUCUGGCUCCCCAUGUAAAAGGGAAAUGUGCAGAACUGAAAUUCCCAGACCGGCCUUGGGGGCUCCUGGAUCCAAGGGGGGAAGGGUGUGCGAAGGCCAGAUACAGCAUGACACUGGCUCUUGGUUCUCAAAGGUUCCUUGUUAGAGCUUUAAGGAGAGUCCUGUGUAGAUUGAUUUUAUUUAUUUUGUGUGUUUGUUCCCGUGGGGACAGCUCUGAUUUCCCAGGUGGAAUGUGUGCGGUUGAGCUGUGUUAUGUAGGAAUUAGCGCUCUGCUAGGAGAUAAAUAGCGUGAUGCUUUCCCAGGGCGGAGCUGUUAGUACUGAGGGGAUUUUGUUUCAAAGAGGGAGGCAGCUGUGUUCUAGAGAUCCUGAUGCAAAGCUAGGAGUCAAUUCCCAGCUCUGCCACAGAUGUGCUGGGGCAUGUCACUUAACCUCCCGGUGCCUCUGUCUCCCCCUGCCAAACAGAGCCCAGGAGAUGGCCCCGUCUGUGGCAAAGUGCUGCGGGAUGUCCAGAUGGCAAGUGCAGUUUAUUAUUUAUUAUUUAUAUGGUCUAGAAGGUCCAUGUGAGGCUUCUGGAAGGGGUCUCUGUUUGCUUGCGUGUGUGUGUGUGUGUGUGUGUGUGUGCAUGUGUACGUGUGUGCCCCCGAGUGGGUGACUGCCAGAAGUAGGUACUGUGGGUGGGAAGGAGGCCAUUUUGUGUUCUGUUAGGCUAAAGAGUGCCAGCUGUUAAAUACAGAGUCACAGAGCUCCUUUCAUACAAACCACUUGCAAAGCCGGCUGGUAGGUGAAGGGACAGUGUAGGAGCUCACUAGCUGGGGUACUGGACCGGAACAGGGGCAUCAUAGCAUCUCUGUGAGGUAAAAUAUGUGACUGGUGGGAAGGGAAGCUGGUGGGCUGAACGGGCUAUUUAUUGUAGACAGGAAACGAGUAGCAGAUGUGUCUGAUAGAGGGGAAGGAUGGGGAGGUGAAUCUGAGGCAGGAGGGAAUCUCUGCCUGGAGAUGCCAGGAAUGCGCAGUGGAAGCAACUUAGUCAUGGAAGGGAAGAGGGCGAAGAAGUAAUAAAAAGGAAAAGCGAAGCAGGCUCCAGGGAAGCCUUGGAGGGUUUUGUGUUCCAUGCUGAGUGGUGGUGACCAAGUUGGACCCUUUCGUGCCCAGCUGUCCAUUGGGCAUAGGCGGGAUGGCAGCCAGUGCAGCUCCUGUGUGGCUCUGUGCCUCCCUUGCCAGAGAAAUCUGGCAGACAAGGCCCUGGCAGGGGUUUUCUCAAGACAAGGAUCCUUUGGGUAGGGGAAGCUCUGAUCUGCCUCCGUUUCCUCACACUGCGUGCUGGCAUCAGCAUGCCCAGGCCGUGGGCUCACUCUCCUAAUGUCUCAUACAGAUGAGAGGCUGCACAGACCUGGCCCUUUCCAUUGCAGGGCCCCCACCUGCUCUCCUGGCAGAGUUGGAGGGAGUGGCUGAUUUGGUGGCUGGUCAUGAGCACCCAAAACUCUUGCUAGUCCUGGCUGCAUGAGGGAGGCAGGCUGGAAGUGCCAUAACUGGACCUCGUUCUACCAUGUAGAGCAGCCACCCAUUCUCUCCUGUACCUUUACUACACUGCUAUCAGCUGCCUGAGUAGAGCAGAGGAGAUAAGUUCUCCUGGCACAAACUCUAGUAGGGCUGUGAGGCUGCUGCACCAAAGCUUAAGCAACUAACAACCAGGUAUGACCCAUCCUGGCUGCAUGAGUCCCAGAGCCACCCCAAACUCAGGAAGAUAGAUAAUCCACUUCCCAGCACAGGGAACUGCAACUGACCCUGCCAGUAGCCCUAGUGAGCAGCACAUCCUGUCGGCUGAAGUGACUGUUGUGGUGGGGUUCCCCCCUUGCUUCAAAAGUGAGAACCUAUGUAUGCAGUGGAUUCUGAGAGCGGGUGGGGCCGAUACAAAGGCUGUUCUGGGGCAGCUCCUUUGCUGACAGAGUUGGACAGGCCAUGAACCAAAGCUUUCAUGGGGUUGGCAGAACGGUAACGCUGACUCACUGGCUAUUUAGUGUAGGGAUGGGUGAUCCCUGUGGGGGGUCAGAUAAGCAUGCACGGUUUUGGGUUCUCAUGGGAUUCCCAGGUGCUUUCUGCUCCCUAGAGCACCGUGAGCAGAGCCGCCCACAGGAUUCGAGCUGGGGAUCUAGACCAAAGCACAGACGGAGGCUCAGAAAAAUGGGUGUGCUCCAAGCUGCUUCCACGUAGGUCUUGGGUAAAUCUCAUCCUGCCAGAACUGUCGCCAGUAGUCUCUCCCCUUCCUGGAUGUUGUGGAGGGCUGGAGGACCAGCAGGGUCCCCAUCCCAAUGCAAACCUAAUGCAAUUAGCUUUGACAUUCCUGACAUGCACUGGAACAGAAACUGACCAAACCUUGUAGAGGAUGAUUUUCUUUUUGGGAUGGGUGGGGGGGAAGAGGAUAGAAUCCAGGGUGUUUUGGCCUAAAUGUCUGGAGAAUUGUGCUGGUGCCCUCGCUCCCCUCUAUCAGGGAGUUUUCCAGGCUUAGCCAGGGAACAGUUUGUUGUGGUGUUAAAUAAAACUGAAAGCACAACAGAACCAGGGUUCCUCCAGCUCCAGUGCCCAGCCAAAGAGGGAGGUGGCACAGGCCUCUCUGCUGAAGGGGAUUUAUAGGACUGGAACGGAUCUCAGUGUUGCAGAUUGGGGUACCAGGGAAGAGAAGGUCCAGGGUGAGGGAAAAGACCCAAAUGUAUGUUUGGGAGGGAGAAGAAAGGACAAGAAAACAAAAGUGGGUUUCCCCCCUCGUAUCUCAAGUGCCUGGGCAGCGCUGCCUCUCCUGCUCGGGCAGCUGGUUUUCCUGUUGCAUCCUCAGACUCCUAUGAACUGUUGCAGUUCCUGAACUUUGAACAAUCGAAUCCACAGGUGGAAACACAUUUUCAUCUACUGCCUUUUAAUGAGCUUUGUGUACUGUUGUGCUUUGUGUUUUAAUAAACAUUUCU